UACUAUGUCUAUUGUUAACGGUGCAUCACACAUGCGUAUUUCGCGGAAAACGAUCAAGUAUAUUUUGUGAAAGCUUCAUACCAUAUUUUUCAAUUAGUCAACGACAAACCAUCAUGGCGAUGGGUUUUAGUUGCGCCUUUAAUUUACAGUUGAAAAAUUCAUUGUGAUGGUCUGAAAAAGAUUUUUCUCGUAAUUAUUUUUAACAUCCCUCAGGAUCUCUUCACAUUGCUUUGUUACUGUUAUUUUCGUAUAAAUUAUAAAUUUCGUUAUGGUAAAAUUAACGGAGGAGAUGGUCGUGGCUCGGACACGAGUGUCCGAUUUCUCUGCUGUAAAGAAACUUAAUUGUUGGGGCACAGAAUUGACUGAUGUGAGUAUUUUAAGGAAAAUGAAAAAUGUGGAAGUAUUGUCAUUAAGUGUGAACAAUAUUAGUACUCUUGCCGAUUUCCAAUAUUGUCUAAGUCUUCAAGAUUUGUUUAUAAGGAAGAAUAAUAUUAAAGACUUGAAUGAAGUUUGUUAUCUUCAAGGUUUACCAAAUCUACGAAAUUUAUGGCUUGGCGAAAAUCCUUGUGCUGAGAAAGAAGGGUAUCGAUUAGCAGUUCUUAGAGCUCUACCAAAUUUACAAAAACUUGAUGACAAGGUAGUUUCAGCAGAAGAAGUACAAACAGCAUUAACACGAGGUCAUAUUCUAGUUCAUCCUCUUGAUACUGAUGCAUCUCCACCUCAAUCAGAUGCAGUCAGUCCAGAAGAUAUUGUCACUGAAUAUAUCGAAGAAACAGAAGUGAUACAUCAUCGAAGAUAUAGUUCCUCAAGUGAUCAGAGAAGUUUUGAAGAGACACAGCAUACUCAAGAAGAAUAUCAUGAAUCAGAUCGUAGAAAUGCAAACUAUAAUGCUUCACCAUCCCAUCGCUAUUCACAAAUUAAUCAGUAUACGUAUGAUCAACAGAAUGGACAGUCAAAGAGUCACAACAAAGAUGACACUGUAUGUACAGAGUCACGCAACAUCAGUGAAAGUAUGACCACUAACACUAUUGAAAUCAUUAAGGAAUAUGAUGAACGACCAGCGGUUUCAAGACAUAAUGGAGAAUAUGAUGAAAGACGAACUUAUACGGAAUAUAGUAACAAUGAAACAUCUCAACGAGCAUACGCACCAACGUCUCCACGUACACAAUACUCUUUGAAUGAACCAAUGGACGAUAGACGUUCAGAUAGAAAUAAUUAUGAAUAUGAUAACAGACACAAACCAGAAUACGAAGAGCACCAUGAACAGAGGAUAAAUGCAGAAUAUGAAGAACAACAACCACCGCUUCAACCUAGAAGAAUGACGGUUCAUCAAAAUGUUGAGAGGGAAGACACAAACCAAAUGCCUGGAUGGGUAAGACAUUCUGACAAAGAAAAAUGUAGAUCACAAUUUCAUUAUCACAGAAGGCCUGUUACAAGGAACUCAAAUAUACUAUCAGCUGUGUUAUGCUUAGUUAAAGAGCUUGACUAUCCAAGCUUGGAAGUGGUAGAAAUGGCUGUUAGAAAUCGAAUGGAUGAAUUAGAGGAAUGAUGUUUCUGACACCGUCCCCAAAACCCUCAGGGGACGGUUGUCAUCUCUCAAAUGGGCAGUGUAUCUUCAAUCCCGAGUCCAGAAUUUUCAGAUUCUCUUGAUUCUACGGUAAUGCCUUGCCAGUGCGUUGACAAUGAUGCAAAUUCCAAUCUCAGUCAUCAGACAUGUGAUCGACAUUUAAUCGAUGAUACCAUUGAAAAACGACAAAUUCGUCGCAAUGGAUCCGCCGACGCCAGUUCCAUACGAAGUCCAAAAAAUGUAUCGAUAGACCCAAGCCCAAGGUAUUUUGGGAAUAACCAAUCUGCGUACAAGCUGAGAGAUUCUGUGCCGGAUAAUUUAAUGUCUGUAAGUAAUUACGAAGAAAGAAAAACCAAUGAUGUUAGAAGAGUGGCAAGUAGCGACAGUAUUCCUCGUGGAUACACUGGUUUAACUUUGAGUCCGGGAUGUAGAGUUUUAAGCCAAGAUUGUGUAAGAAGGUCGAAAAGCCCCGACGUUAGGAAUACAAUUGUACCACUUCGAUAUAUUCAAUCGGCGAAAGGUACUUGGACAUAUAACUUAUAAGUAAAAUCGUAAGUUAUAAUACUUUCGUGAAAUGAGAAACUUCAAUUAGAAACAUGUUUUAAAAAAUUCCGAAAUAUUACUGAUUUGAUCAUUAUUAUUACUUGAACUAAACCAAACAAUGUAACUCCCAGAAGUUUCUUAAGAAGAAAGGUAUAUAAAUAUGUAUAUACAAUAUAUACAUAUAUACAUAUACAUAUAUACACCUGACCCUCGAUUUACCGGAAAAUCCGUUCCACGUGGAUUCGUUUUACGCGAAUAAAUAGCCAAACAAAAUAAAUAAUAAAUAAUAAUAACAUUUCAGAAAAAAAACAUACAUUUUAUUCGGUGUUAUUAAAUUCAAACCGUGCUUAAAAACUACCGCGUAAAUAGUUUUCUAAUUUACCGAGUAAAAAAAAAGACUCACGUAAAAAGAGUCCGUGUAAAUGGAGGAUCAGGUAUAUACAUAAAAUAAUAAGAAACGAUUGUGAUAUUUCUAUGAGGAGUGAAAAAAAUUCAUUACCCCCAUGUAUUAUAAAAGAGUCUUCUGAAAGCAAAGCAACGUAUUUACCUAUUUCAAGUGAAGAGUUUAAAAAUCAAAAGAAAUUAAUUUUGCAUUCUUCGAACAAACUUUAUAUUUGUUACAUUGAUAAUAUAAUGUGUUAAAACAUAUUAAAAGUAAGGUUAUUUAUUAUUUGCAUUUGCGCAAGUGAGAUUACAAACCAAGUAAUUUCUUUUAUGCUAAUUUAUUUAAAAAAUUAUAGGACUGAUACAUAUGUGUACUUGAAAAUUUUCUGCAAAUUGUAAGGUAACAUGACAUUAUUUACAUUACACUUUACAUAUACAGCAUGGCACAUUUAAAUAAAAAUACUUCAAAAUUCUUUAUAUACAUAACGACUUUGGACAAACAUUUUUUCUCAAGGUAAUAUUUACUUAAAUAAUGUUUUAAGAUUAACUUAGAAUCAUAUAUUUUUUAAUGCAUUAAUUGACAUAAAUCUUCAUCCUCAAAAGGCCAUUAAAAUUUUCAUAUAAAAAAGUAAUUAUUCUUAUGGAUAUUUUAAUUUUAAUAUACAGUAAAUCUUUGCAUUCAAGCUAUAGCAUAUGUAUAUGUUUAAAUAUCAACUUUAAGAAAAUAAGUACUGUACCAUUGAUUGACCACUUUACAGUAUUGCAAUUAAUACUUAGCGGACAGGUGGAAUCUACCCUGUCUUUCCUAGUUUCCGGGUAUAUUUAAGGUAUAUUUAAAAUGUAAAUAUACGUGGCCCGUCCGUUAAGUGUUAAUAUAUCGUAAACUAAUGCCUUUUUAACGUAAAUAGAUUUUUACAAUGACCAUUUAAAAACACGAAGUUGACUUCAAAAAUGAUCUUGAGAAAAAAAUAUUCUGUCAUUAUAUGUGUUCCAUAAAAUAGUUUAACAUUGGCAUAAGAAAUGUUUUCAUGCGACUAUAAAUAACAGAUAUUUAAGUGUUUCUAUUUAAAUACACCAUCCUGUAUAAGGCAUACAAUCAAAUCAAUUUCAUGCCGAAUUAAAUAUUUUUUCUUAAAUAUUAAAUGAUUUUUAUUUAACUGUAAUAUUACUCACAUUUCAUUAAACUUAAGUUUGACAUUUGUCAAAGCCUGAUAUUUCAAAUGUGCAAUAAUUUAUACAGUAGAAUGUUAUACAAUUGCAUAAAACAUGUGUACAGGGUAUUUGCAAAUUUUUUUAACAAUGCCUUUAAGGAUUUUUCAGGGGAUUAUUAAGUACGAUUGCAUAGAGUAUUUGACUUUUGUCACAUUAUUUUUUUUUACACAUUUAUACAUACUUAAAAACAUUUAUGACUAUGUAAAAACUUGUGUGUUAUUUUAAUUAUGUUAUUUUUAUUUUUUACAUUGACUUCGAUCACGGAAUUUAUGUAUUCAAAAAAUUAUGAAUAAUGUAAUGGUGUCAUUAACAGUUAUUGCAUAAUACUGUAAAAUAGUACUUAAAAUGAUAUAAAAUGCGGAAUAAUAAAAGAACAAAUUGAAAUAAGGAUAUACCUGUGCAAUAGAGUAUACAUAUUAUAGAUUAAUAUUAGACUGAUAAAUAUGCAUGGCAUAUUUUGUUAGAGAAGAAUCUUCAUACAUGAGUAAUUAAUAAUUGAUAAAAAAACUGAAGGAAAAUGGCUACUAAAUUAUUUCUACAAUUUAAACCGUUCCACUUAACUGAGCCAAUUUUCAAUGUAGAUUUAAGAAUUUUUGUAAAAACGCGAAACACAUCUUUUGUUACAUAUAACCGUCCAAUUGUAUUAUUUUAUAACUGAAUAAUGUUACUGUUAUUUGUACUAUUACAAAAGCAGCUAUUAUCAUUAAUUGUUCAAUAUUUGUUUAAUAGAUAGUGCAGAAGACAACCAUUCUUUUUUCUCUUUAAAAAUAUUUUUAUGAAGUUAUAAAAUAAAAGCCGCGAUUAUGAAAAUGUCUUUCAUUCCAAAUAUAAUAAUUUGUAUAGUUAUAUACAAAUGUCUAUAUUGUUAAGUUAUGGACCGGGGUAAGGAAAUUAAAAAUUGUUAUUU